ACUGCACUGCGGACGGACAUCACCCUUGACCCCAAACGCUUGGCUGUGAUUGGUGGUUCUCACGGGGGCUUCCUAUCUUGUCAUCUGAUUGGUCAGUACCCAGAGUUCUACAGAGCGUGUGCGGCCAGGAACCCCGUCAUUAAUGCCGCUACUUUAUUGGGUACAAGUGACAUAGUAGACUGGCGUUACACCAGUGUGGGGUUUCAGUACUCAUAUGACCAGAUACCCACUGCUGAAGCCCUGGCUGCUAUGUUAGAGAAGUCCCCCAUCACACAUGCUGCUCAGGUCAAGGCUCCAGUGCUGCUGAUGCUGGGGGGCAAAGACAGGAGAGUGUCUCCUCACCAGGGUCUGGAGUUCUAUAAAGCACUGAAGAGCAGAGCUUUACCUGUCAGAUUGUUGUGGUUUCCAGAAGAUGGACAUUCUCUGUCCAGAGUGGACACACAGGCCGACUGUUUCCUCAACACAGUACUGUGGCUGCACCAGCAUCUCUGAACACACACACACACACACACAACAUGAUCAUCCACAUAAAAGAGGACAAAUUAUUUUACUAUCACAGCAGUUGACAAUCUUAAACACAUUUAUACCUUUUUAACGCAUUCUCUAUGUUACAGAGUACCUAAUUUUGUAAAAGCAUUUCCAAAUCGAAGCAUGUAAUAAAGAAAUUCUCACAAA